AUGCGUCUAUCACUUUUAUCCUCCAUCUUUAUGGCUGGCUCUUGCCUUGCACAGGGCGAUAUUGCUGCGCUUCUCAAGUCUCAGCCUGAUCUCAGCACGCUGCUUGAGCUUGUCGGUCUCGUGGAUGGCCUUGCAGACACCCUCGCCUCGGCUUCCAACAUCACCAUUUUCGCGCCAACCAAUCAAGCCUUUUUGAACGUGCCACGAGACGUUCCUGAGGGCGAAGCGAUCGAGUACCGCAACAACACUAUUGCCGUUGGAGCUCUGCUUGCAAACCACGUCUUCAAAGGAGCCUAUCCGUCAAAACUCAUCACCAAUGUUCCUACAUUUGCCCAAACUCUGCUCGACAUCUCAUAUAUUGAUGCACGACAGCCUUUCUCCAACUUCACUGGUGGUGCUUACAAUGGACUCGUAAAGAACGGGGACGACGUGUGCGUUCUGUCUGGAGAGCAAACCAUCUCCACGGUUACUGAAGCUGACAUCAAGCUGGGUGAAGGAAUCACGAUCCACAAAGUUGACACUGUUCUCGCAUUUGGUGCUCCUUUCCAGCUCUUCACAUACCGAGCGGGUUACUUCGCCAUAAACGCUGCUCUGGAGGCUGCUAAGCUGAACAUUGAUUUUGGCUUGACCGGACCCGACACUGCGAGCCUCAACAUUUCUGACUUCACUAUCUUCGUUCCCACUGAUGCAGCCUUUGACUCCAUUGGCUCAGUACUUGAGAGUGCAGAUAUCGACACGCUCCGAGAGGUUCUCAGCUACCACAUCAUUCCCAACAAUGUCAUCUUCUCACCAUCCUUGGGCAAUGUCACGGUCCCAUCCCUCCAAGGUACCAACUUGACUUUUACGGUUUUGCCAGAUGGUUCCGCCUGGGUGAACAACGCAAGGAUCACGUUCCCCAACACCAUCCUGUACAACGGUGUCGCUCAUGUCAUUGACAGUGUCCUCGCUCCAGGAGAGUUUGAUCGCGCCACUCUGAAGCCGUCUGCACCUGCACCCGAACGUGUUGCUUUCCCCAACGCUUCCACAGUUUCGCGCAUGCCUUUGGCCAGCGCUUCUCUCGCAUUCGGGGGUGAUCUCAUGACGUACUCCACGACUCCCCGGCUGCUGAAGACGGUUGCUGCUGUCGCUACUGCGACCUCUGGUGCCUCCACCACGCCGACCGCGAGCCAGUCAGCUCCGAUUGAAACUUUUACGGGAGCUGCUAGUGGAUUGUUGCCUGGUGCAGGUGUGGCUCUUGCAGGAGCAGCUGGUAUUGCUGCUUUCAUGAUCUAA